GAGACAAAUUUCUCGCGAGAGGUAAUUGGUUGCUAUAGUUGCAAAAAAAAAACCACCUCUGCGGCUGAGUGAGAGAUCAAAGAAGACCAGAGAGACUUUGCCCAGGUGCUGAUAUGGAGCAGGUGUCAUCAACAGGCAGACCCGUGCAGAUCACUGUGACAGAUGGAUAUGACUUGAAAGGUUUUAAAGGAGAUACUCCAGUUACCUUUAUCCGUGCAGAAUUCAAUCAGGUGGUUCUGGGAGACUCUGCAAAAAUUACUGUUUCUCCAGAAGGAACUGCAAAAUACAACUUCACUUGCAGUUUUGAGUUCAGUCCUGAAGGAGGAGUCACUUUAGAUGACCUCGCCCACAAACCUGUGUUCUUAACGAUGACUGAAGCUUUACCAAAGGAAAAGAAACAGAAAGAGGAGAAGACCAUGAUUCUUGGUCAAGCUGUGGUGGACCUUCUUCCUUUACUGGAAGGAAAGAGUUCAUUUGAAACGAUGGUCCCAUUGCACCCUGUGCCAGGCUCGCCCUUGGAACCUCUUCGAUCAGGUGUUAAGCAGUGCAGUCUUGAAGUUAAAGUAUUUGUGGCAGAGCCCUUAUUGACCGCAGCCCAGAUCUCAGGAGGCAAUCUCCUGAAGGUCACAUUGGAGGCUGCCUACUCUGUGCCUGAAUCCUUCAUUCCAGUAGGGCCGCUGCAGAACUGCAUGGUUGGUCUGCAAGUUCCAUCAGCUGGAGAGAAAGACUAUCCCAUUUACUUCAAGAAUGGAACUCUGAAGCUUGGAGGGGAAAGAGAACCUGUUCCUCGGCCCAAAAAAUGGCCUAUUGCCAACAUUCUGGCUCCAGGAGCUAAUAACAUUCCUGAUGCUUUCAUCGUUGGUGGGCCCUAUGAGGAAGAAGAAGGGGAACUCAACCAUCCUGAGGACAGGGAAUUUAGGAACCAAGCAGAGUGCAUAAAGAAAAGGAUUACUUGGGACUUGGAAAGUCGCUGCUACCUUGAUCCUCCUGCAGUGAUCAGUUUGGGAAGUUUUUAUUGGCUCACUGGCUUCAAGAUCACUGAGUCUUUCCUCAGCUAUGUCAGUUUCCAGAAGCGAAUUGCUGAUUGCCGAUUUUGGCCUGUAGAGAUCACAAGGGUUCCUCCGGUUACUGUACCCAAAGGAAAAUCUGCUAAAUUUGAAAAGACUGAUGAUGAAGGUCAGCUUUCAUUUCAUGGUGUGGCUUAUGUUAAUAUGGUGCCAUUGCUGUAUCCAGGUGUGAAGAGGAUUCGGGGAGCUUUUCAUGUUUACCCUUACCUAGAUAGCACAGUCUAUGAAAAGACCAAGUGUUUAUUUAGCUUGUUCCGGGAUACUGGCCAUAAUUUGAUUCAGAAUAAUAAAAUAGGAGGAAUUAAUUCUCCAGUGUCCAAACCAGUUAUUUCUAAGAACCUGAAAGAAGAUAAAACAGUCAAAGAAAAGGAUAUAGAAGCAAGGCCUAGGCCUGGGGAUGUGCAAGCACCUAGUAUAAAAUCUCAGAGCUCAGAUACUCCUUUGGAAAUUGAACCCUCUCUUUGCAACAAUCCAGAAGGACAGCAAUAUGUAGAAGCAGGGACAUACAUUGUGUUGGAGAUUGAGCUGGACAAAGCCUUGGUUCCGAAGCGAAUGCCAGAGGAACUAGCCAGAAGAGUCAAGGAAAUGAUACCUCCAAGGCCACCUCUUACCCGUCGGACAGGAGGAGCUCAGAAGGCGGUGAGUGACUACCACGUGCAGAUCAAGAACAUUUCUAGAGCCAUUCUGAAUGAGUAUCACAGGAUGUUUGGAAAAGAGGCAGCCAAAGUGGGGAGUGAUCUGGAUAGUGAAACCCUGGAGGAGCAGAAGUGCCAGCUCAACUAUGAACUUAAUUGCUCUGGAAAAUACUUUGCUUUCAAAGAACAACUCAAGCAUGCUGUGGUAAAGAUUGUGAGAGAGAAGUACUUGAAGACAACAGCAUUUGAAAGCCAAGAGGAACUGCAGAAAUUUAUUAGUGAGCUCUAUGUUUUCUUGGUGGAUCAGAUGCAUGUGGCCUUAAAUCAAGCCAUGCCAGAUGAUGUCCAAGGCACUCCUUCAGCCAUUUAUACCAGCAGUGAACAGCUUCGGCUCUUUGCAUUCGAAGCAGAAGUCAAUGAGAACUAUGAAAUGGCAACAGUGUACUAUGAAGAGAGGUUGGUUCGUGAGCCCCAGAACCUGGAGCACUGGCUGGACUACGGUGCCUUCUGCCUCCUAACUGAAGACAAUAUCAAAGCACAAGAGUGUUUUCGGAAAGCCCUUUCCCUGAACCAGAAUCAUAUCCACAGCUUGUUGCUGUGUGGUGUCCUGGCUGUCCUGAUGGAGAACUAUGAACAGGCAGAAAUUUUCUUUGAAGAUGCUACUUGCUUGGAGCCAACUAAUGUUGUAGCCUGGACUUUACUUGGCUUGUACUAUGAAAUUCAAAACAAUGAUAUUCGAAUGGAAAUGGCAUUUCAUGAAGCCUUCAAACAGCUUCAGGCACGAGUGCUUCAGGCACAAGUUACAAAGCAGAGGCGCACCAGUACUGUGGAGUAUGUUGAAGAAGGAGGGAAAGCGGACUCCUGUUUAGGCCCUUGGGGAAUAACCAGUGGUUCUUCUACAGCAGCAGUCAAGGUGGAAGCCCCAGCAGGACUAGGAGCUCCAUUAUCCAUUCUAGAUGAAUUUCUUGAUGAAUCCUCUAACCUGCAGUCUGAGUCACAUGAACCCAUUUUGUCUGUACAGUCUCAGGAUCCAACUACCAGCCAAAAACCAUCCAACACAUUUGUCAAGAAGACACCAUCAAAAAAAGGAGCAUCAAAAUGUCAAGAGUCAUCAACUUCUCUGCAUCCCACCCUUUAUAGUGUUUCACAAACUCCUACCACCAUCUUCAUGGAGACCAUACGCUUCUUGAUGAAGGUCAAUGCUGUGCAGUAUGUACACAGAGUGCUUGCACAUGAGCUACUAUGCCCUCAUGGAGGCCCCAGCUGUGAGUAUUACUUGGUGCUGGCCCAGACACACCUACUCAAGAAGGAUUUUGCUAAAGCAGAGGAAUACCUUCAACAAGCAGCCCAGAUGGACUACCUGAACCCUAAUGUCUGGGGCGUGAAGGGCCAUCUCUAUUUUCUGAGUGGAAAUCAUGCUGAGGCCAAGGCGUGCUAUGAGCGAACCAUUAGUUUUGUAGUGGAUGCUUCUGAGAUGCACUUCAUCUUCCUGCGACUGGGGCAGAUAUAUCUGGAAGAGAAAGAGUACGAAAAGGCAAAGAAAACCUACCUGCAAGUCUGUAAGAGGUCGCCUUCAUGCCUUACCUGGCUAGGACUGGGAAUCGCCUGUUAUCAGCUGGAUGAGCUCACAGAGGCUGAGGAUGCUCUCUCUGAAGCCAAUGCACUGAACAACUACAAUGCUGAAGUAUGGGCAUAUCUGGCUCUGGUCUGCCUGAAAGCUGGACGGCAACUGGAAGCUGAGCAGGCCUACAAGUACACGAUGAAGCUGAAAUUGAAAGAUGAGAGUCUGCUUGCAGAGAUCCACAUGGUACAGGAGACAGUUGGCUUUGGAAAUCCAUCUUUCUGACAUCCUUCCACCUGAAGAAUUUUCUGUAUGGGAUACUGAGCUCCUUUCCUUCCCAGAGAAAUUAAACCCUGGAUGUUUCACCAUAUGAGGGCUUGGGAUAAAGAAAAAAUGAUCUUCAGCACAAACUGAAACCCAUUCACUUAUUUCCAUUGGCUAUAUUACUGGAUGGCUGUGUUACUGGAUGUUUUAGUGGUUGACAGUAAACUGGAUGGCAAUAAAAAAAUCUA